AUGUCCCGUCAAAACAUCGUAUCAGCAGGGCUAACGCAUCCCCUCAGUCUCCCCGGUGCCCUCGGAAUGUAUAGCCUCUCCAUUGGCGUCUCGAACAUUGGGGAUACUCUCCCCGGCCCUGUGUAUGCCCUACUUUCCGGUCUGAACGCCUCGACUGUCGGCAUCAUUGCGGUCGCCGCUGUUCAAUUAUCAGAAAAGGCCAUCAACGACAAAACAACCCAUGUACUCGUCUUGCUUAGCGGUGCAGCUGGUAUCCUCUACAAUGCACUAUGGUACUUUCCUCUUCUAAUGUUCCUGGCCGGCGUUAUUACCAUCAUCCAUGACUAUCGUUGGCUUCACGGCCCCAUCAAAGCCGUAUUGACCGCUAUAAAGAACUCCAGGAGACGGCCCCCGACAGAGGAGAUGGAAUCUAUCCAGCUUUCACGGGCGCAGUCUAUGCCCCAGAACACUGACACUGCCACUGCCACUGGUACUUCAACUCCUGCUAAAGAGCGAAAUAGAGCGAAGACCCGGCCGAGCCGGGGAAACGAUACGGAAACCCUCCCAGUGGCUGAGAACGAGGGUCCAUGCCCUGAGCCAGGACCACGCAUGGUCCCAGAUGAACGUACUCUCGAUUUCUCGUGGACUUUUGGCCUCGGCAUAAUCGGGAGUUUUCUCCUCUCUUUUGUUGUCGUUAUGGUUCUCCGUGGCGUGUUGCCUGCCAAGUCGCUCCUUUUCAGUUUCUUUGCAAACAUGUACCUUGCAGGAACUAUUAUAUUCGGCGGAGGACCUGUUGUUAUCCCCCUGCUUCGCGAAUACGUCGUCGCCGAACGUUGGGUAAGCCCAAGGGACUUUCUUAUUGGUCUCGCCAUCCAGCAGAGCUUCCCAGGCCCUAAUUUCAACUUCGCCGUGUACCUCGGCUCCCUGACUGCGAUCAACAGCGGUUACAAAUCGGCAGCCGGGGCAGCACUCGGAUUCAUUGGCAUCUUUGCCCCGGGUCUUAUUACGAUACAUGGCACGAUGGGCAUAUGGAAUGCUAUCCGUGGCCUAAGAUGGGUGAAGUCCCUUCUUAGGGGCGUUAAUGCUGGUGCUGUCGGACUCAUCUACACUGCAGUCUACCGCCUAUGGCAGAUUGGAUACAUUGACGAAAGCUUCCAGCAAGGCACGAGUCUUGCUCAGGAGCCAUGGUGGGUUGUUGUGACGGCGUCGAGCUUCGUUUUUGGCUACUCUUUUAGCGUGAGCCCUCCGGUUGUUAUCGUUAUGGGUGCUGUUUUAGGCCUUGCUUGGUUUGCGGUUGUCAUGGUUUGA